UUGCCGUAUCCAAGAUGGCGGACAAGGCUUCAAACGCGAACAGCAACACUUUGCCUUUGUCUCGAGUGAAGACAAUUAUGAAAAGCUCUCCUGAGGUAUCUAGCAUUAGUCAAGAGGCUUUACACCUGACUGGAAAAGCCACGGAAUUGUUCAUUCAAGCUCUGGCCAAGUUUUCGUACCAGCAGAGUGACAGCAAAUCGUCCUUAGAGUACAAAGAUCUGGCUGAAAUUGUAAAUUCUGAAGACACGCUGCAAUUCUUACAUGAUAUUGUUCCUCGAAAAGUCAAAGCAAAAGAUUACCUGAAAAUGCUGAGACAGAUCGAAGACAAAGAUUCCUGAGGAUUACAGUUGUAGGUUUUUUUUUAUAUACAUUUUUUUUGUUUUUUAUUGUAUGGUGAAUCUGCUAUGUGAACAAUACGAAUGACCGAAAAAGAAAGUUUUAUGAGAGAUGUGAACAAUUGUAUCAAUUGUAUAUGUGACAGAUAGUUGUGAGAAUCAGUAUGUGUACGCGUCGAUUGGAACAAUGUAUGUCAGUAAGAAUGUAAAGAAUCAAACUUUGCUGUUGUCUUUUACUCUUUAGACUGAGAGUACCCAUCAUAUGUAUGAGAAUGAAAAGUAAUUGAGUGUGUGACCAUGUUCUGUGGAUGUAUUUUAGUGGAUGUGGAGUGCGUUUAUGUGUGUUUGAUUUGAGAGAUAGGGGCAUUGAGAAUGGGCGAAGAGGGAGACAGAUAUAGAGAGUUGGGCUUUUAUCCCCCAAAAAGGGCAAACAUUUCAUUCUUGUUGCUGAUGUUGUAUCACCACUUUGUAUCGUCCAAAUAUUAUGGGGGGGGAGGUUAUUUCCCCUUUCCCAGACUUUGAAGGCAGCUGUCUGAUAUUAUCACUUGCAAGUUUAGUGGUAAAUUUUACCACUCUACUUUUACCUGUGUAUGCAUUUUAAGAAAAAGAAUUACAGUGGAGUCUGCUUAAUCCGAACUUGGUUAAUCCAAAAACAUUGGUAACCCGCCCCAAAGAAAGAAAAAUAGAAUCCCCAUUUUUUUCUUUGCUACUUUCCACCCUCACAACGCGCAACACUCAUCCCCACGGACCAGGAUGCAGAUGCGGUACCCGCUAUAUCACGCCGUCGCCGAUGGGCGUCCCGUGGGGGGCAAAGUGUUAAUCAAAAUUAAUCCUGCAGUCCUGUAGAUUUUGGUUUAAGUGACCUCCAAUGUACAGUCGACUCUACUUGUACUAUUAUUAGUAUUAGACUCACUUGAGUUGAUCUUUGCUUAUUAAGUUGAUCUUUUGGUCCGGUCCCAGUACCACUUCUUUGCAAGUCCCAACAGUCAAGUUAAACUUCGGAUGAGUUGAUUUUUUUUCCCACUCCCCCCUGACAACAUCAACUCCUCCAAACAUAGUUGACUGUAUUUCAUUGUCUUGUUUUCCUCGUGUGGAAAGGCUUACAGUUUCUAGAAUAACUGUCUUACCUUGCAAUGUGUUCCACUUAACAUCACAGUUCCAUCAGGAAAAAGGUAGUGUAGCUGUCAAACAAGGGUGGAAUGUUUGAAUCAUUCUGACAAAUCUGACCCUACCACUUUCCAAGUGCCCAUUUGUUGUGAGGUGAAUUGAGGAAAAGUUGAUGUAGUAACUUCCUUAUUGGUAGAAUCCCGUGCCUGGCACAAUGGGGAAAUAAACCAUCUUGGUCACUAAUUAUAAUUGAAAGGGUCAAGGUCAUAUUUUGCUUAAAACACUUUGCAGUCACACAGCCAACUGUACAAAAUACCCCAUCUGGCCACCCAGCCAGGAGAGUGACUGCAACAGACUCCUCAGGCUGCGCUAGGUGACAGGAACGUUGUACUGAGAACAGUAGGGAGGUAUAUUAGAGCGGCGCAUGUUUCGCCGACAGGUUUGUGGUAGUAGUGGGAUACCGAUAUAUUGGGCAUUUGUGACUCAAAGACCUUUAUGGCCCAGACGGUAAAAUCUCUUUAGGGCUCUAACUCUUAACUCUAAGGGUUAAUAUUUUAUUAUUUAAAUUGACACUGUACUGUAAAGAUGACUAGCUACUCAGUUCUCCUCUGGGAUUAUGUUUUUUUGCUAAUGCUUGUAAAAAGAUGUAUGUAUAUGAUUCUGUUCCAUGGUUGUUGUCUCAUGGUAUUGUUUCUUUAUCAAAUACAUCUUUCACUUUCCACAUAUCCUCGGACAGCUGUUUGGAUGUACUUAGUCAAAAAUUGAGGAAAACAUUUAUUUUUUUUUGCAGUUUCUUAAAGUAAUGUCAAAAUUCAAGAUCUAAAUGUUGUAAAAAGCAAGAAAAAGAUAGGUUAUUAUAUUAUUUGGAUAGUUUUUAAAGAGUGAAACAUUUUUCUCUCUCCAGAAAAUUUUGCUUUCAGGGCUUAGAACAGUUGAACCACUUGCCUUUGAUUUGUGAAUAAAUCAUUUUUGUUGCAUUAGAAAAGACUGAAAAACAUGUUGUUGCGUAAUAAAUUUUGGUACCGUACCAGC